CCAAAGAGAAUCUUUGCCCCACCUGCACAAAAAUCUUACAACCUGAUACCUUUUAGCCCUAACUCACCCAAAAAGGAGACCCUGGGGAUCAGUUCCCCAAAGACAGAGGCCAGGAUAAGCCUGCCAAAGGCCAGGUUAAAGAAGGAGGAAAAAGCAACCACAAACAAUGCUUCCAGCAGGGGCCAGGAAAAAAAAAGAAAGGCACAAAACAACAAGCAAGCAGAGAAGAAAGAAAAGGAAAAAUCAAGUCUUACCAAUGCAGAAUUUGAGGAGAUUGUCCAGAUUGUGCUGCAGAAGUCCCUUCAGGAGUGCUUGGGUAUGGCAUGUAAUAAGAGAAAAAGGGUUUUAGUCAGGCAGAGUGACUGUUAGACCUGAGAGGGAGAGUUAAAUCUUACAGCUUCUCUCUUUCUCUCCCAUCUUCUAAGUAAGGGAUGGGAUCUGGCCUUGAUUUUGCAGAGACUUCUUGUGCCCAGCCCAUAGUAUCUACCCAUUCAGACAAGGAGCCAGGAAUUACUGCUUCUGCUACUGAUACUGACAAUGCUGAUGGAGAGGAGGUACCACAUACUCAAGAGAUUUCAGUGUCUUGGGAAGGUGAAGCUGUCCCUGAGAUAAGGACAUCUAAGCUUGGCCAACCAGAUCCUGCACCCUCUGAGAAGAAAUCCAGUAGACUCUCUUUAAGCAAAAGAAAGAAGGAAGCUGGACAUGAGAAAGUAGAGAAAACUCAAAGUGGACAUGAGCUCAGACAGAAAGACCAACUAAAGAAAACAGUUCAGGAUCAUUCCCAGAUCAGGGACCAGCAAAAAGGAGAGAUAAGUGGUUUUGAUCAAUGUCUGGUUUGGGUCCAGUGUUCCUUCCCAAACUGUGGGAAAUGGAGACGGCUGUGUGGGAAUGUUGACCCCUCAGUUCUCCCAGAUAAUUGGUCCUGUGACCAGAACACAGAUAUGGAGUAUAAUCGCUGUGAUAUUCCUGAGGAGACCUGGACGGGGCUUGAGAGUGAUGUGGCCUAUGCCUCCUACGUUCCAGGAUCCAUCAUUUGGGCCAAGCAAUACGGUUACCCCUGGUGGCCAGGCAUGAUAGAAUCUGAUCCUGACUUGGGGGAAUAUUUUCUUUUUACUUCCCAUCUUGAUUCACUGCCGUCUAAGUACCAUGUGACAUUUUUUGGAGAAACAGUUUCUCGUGCAUGGAUCCCAGUCAACAUGCUGAAGAACUUCCAGGAGCUGUCCCUGGAGCCAUCAGGCAUGAAAAAGCACAGAAACAAGGACUGCAGCCAGAAACUGGAGGUGGCCCUGAUGAUGGCUCAAGAGGCAGAACAGAUCAGCAUUCAGGAACGGGUUAACUUGUUUGGUUUCUGGAGCCGAUUCAAUGGAUCUAACAGUAAUGGGGAAAGAAAAGACUUACAGCUCUCUGGGUUCAACAGCCCAGGAUCCUGCUUGGACAAAACGGAGGAGGAGGAGGAAGAGUUAGAAAAGGAGGGAAAGCAAAUGGACCCAGCUUUGCCCAGUUGCAACCAAGUCAAAACACAGACCAAAAAAUCCAAGCCAAGAGGCCCUAAGAAAAAAUUUAAAGCUCCCCAGAGCAAGGCUUUGGCAGCCAGCUUUUCAGAGGGAAAAGAAGUUAGAACAGUGCCAAAGGACCUGAGCCCAUCAGCACAUGAGGGCCUCACUGCAAAAGAAGAGCCCAGACCCCUGCAACCCCUGACCCAGAAGGCUGGAAGUGUCUCCCUUGACGAUGAAACCUCCAGUGACCUGGACUUGGAGCAACUCAUGGAAGAUGUUGGGAGUGAGCUGGGUCAGAGUGGGGAGCUGCAGCGCAGCGACAGUGAUGGCGAGGACUUCCCUGUGGCCCUGUUUGGGAAGUAGUUGGUGCUCCUGUACUCCCUCCUGUUCUCCCUUCUCUGGGGUGCAGGAGGGAGAAGUUGCUAAGUGCUGGGGGUGCUCGUUGUCUAUGAGGUUCAGUGUGUUGCGUAGUUUCUGUGUUAAUAAAGCAGGUUACAGUC